AAAAACAAAAGUCUUUGAACACAACUUCCGGAAAGUGUCACGCUGUCCUCCAUCGAGGGUCACAUCAGGAAAACUCAGCUAAAAACAUGGUUUUCGAAGAUAAAAUGAUCACGAAUGGAGAGCCAGAGGAGGAGGAGGAAGAAGAAGAGGAGGAGGAUAUGGUGGACCCGUUAGAGACGUUGCGGGAGAAGUGUGAGCAGACGGAGCAUUGUGUUCACGCUCGUGAGCGUCUCGAGGCAUGUGAGACACGAGUCGGCUCGCGCUCGGAGACCACAGAGGACUGUACGGAGGAGCUGUUUGACUUCCUGCACGCUCGGGACCACUGUGUGGCCCACAAGCUUUUCCAGUCAAUGAAAUAAACAGAGCAUCUCAGCGUUCGAUUAUUUAUAUAUAUAUAUAUAUAUAUAUAUAUAUAU